GCUCGCGUACGGUCCCUGAUCCCCCGGACCGUCUCUCCUCUCCAGCCCGCCGUGCUCCCCCGCCGGGCUCCUCACCUCUGUCCGCGGCCACCAGACUCUUAUUCUUGUUCCAAGGGAAGUCACGGCCACACUCAAAAGUCGUAGUGAGAAGCUGGCCGUCGUAGAGAGGCAGGAGGCUUUCUGAAAGUGGCCACCUCUUGUCAGGUUCCCCAGGAAACAGAAGAUUAGGGGAGGAAACACUGGAGGGGCACUGGGAAGUUCAGACUAUGCCAACACUAAAAAGAAAACAAAAUCCUUAGCAGUACAGAAACUGGAGCACUUCAUAUCAUAAUGUAGUUCUUUCUGACUCCCUUCAUGCAACUUCUUUGUUGGCUGUUCUGACUGCCUGGGUCUAACUGAGGGAUCAAUGGAGCAGGUUGAGGAGGAUCUGAACCUCUCCUUUCUGCUGGAACAUGAAAGAGAAAUGAUCCUGAAGGUGCUGCAGAAAGACGAGAAACUGAGGAAACGAGAGGAGAAGAGGAUACGGAAGCUGAAGAAUGAGCUGCUGGAGAUCAAGCGAAAGGGUUCCCGUCGGCCCCGGGAGUUGGGGGAGCGACAGUGCGCUCGCUGCCCGAAGACUUUGGGCCUGAUUUUUGACCGUGGAGAUCUCUGCGAGGAAUGUCAGCUGCGUGUCUGCAACGACUGUCGCGUUACAGCUCCCAACGGGAGGCAAUGGAAGUGUAACAUUUGCACCAAAAUCUCGGAGCUGAAGGUGGUGACAGGAGAGUGGUUCCUGGAGGAGCGGUCCAAACGCUUUGAGCAGGGAGUGCUGAGCAGUGACGUGAUCAAACAGACAAUCCUGAGCAGCCCGACCGCCACAGACAAAAAGUCUACAGAGAACCUAUCGGCCCCUGCUCAGUCAGAGAGACCUGACACCCCAAGAUCCAACAGAAGCGCAAUAUUCAGUGCUGUGGAGGGUGCCAGGAGGAAAGGAAGGAUGAAGAUGGAUAAAAAAGGCAGCCGAUCCACCUUGAAGCCAGAGAACGGAGUCGACAGCGUCCCUGUCAAAUCUGUUUCGGCUGGAGAUGCUCAAAGCGUACGAAGCGUUCGCUCUGUGCCGAGUCCACGUUCAAACAGGGGCAGUGCGGUGGCCUUGGAGUCAUCAGGGAUGCCCACAGUACCCAACAACCUGCGAUCCCAAACCCCGGACAGAUCGUCCACUCCCAGCGACAACCGGAGGGUCAAGCCUGACGGAGCGGAGAGCGUUGCCAGUUUACACUCCAUCGACAGUGCGCCUGAGAAGAAAGCUGCCGGCCAUCACAGGACAAACUCUGGCACUCCGACCAUCUCUGUUUCAAGGGCCUCCGUCUCAUCAGAUCACAGUCGCUCAGAGAUGGACCUAUCAGCCCAAGGUUCUGAGCCCAGUGACGAUGCCUUAAGUCUGAGAAGCCGUUCUGUUCCCGGGUUCAAUGAAACAGAGUUUUCGGAUGAGGAUGUGGAGGAAGACAUUGAUGCCCUGAUGUCGGCCCACAGCAAGACUGCCAGCCGACGCCUCAGCAAUGCGGUGUCAACGAGUAGUAUAAACAGCAUGAUGAGUAUGUACAGUGAGACUGGUGACUACGGCAACGCCAGGGUGAGCGGCGAGAUCCUGCUGAACAUCAGCUACAGCUACAAAACCGGUGCUCUCAAUGUCCUGGUCAAAGAAUGUCACAACCUAGCAACAGGAGACGAGAGGAAGCAACGCACGGACGCUUAUGUGAAGACUUACCUGCUGCCAGAUACGUCACGACAGAGCAAGAGGAAGACGAGCAUUAAGGCCAACACCAUUAACCCUGUUUUCAAUGAGAAUCUGAGGUAUGUGAUCAGCCACUCGCAGCUGGAGACACGAACCCUGCAGGUCUCUGUGUGGCACCACGACCGGUUUGGACAUAACAGCUUCCUCGGAGAAGUGGAGCUGACCUUUGACACCUGGGAGUUUGAUUCCCAGAUAGAGGAGUGGUACGCUCUGCAGCCAAAGGUGGAGAGCAGUAUGGACUCCACAAUGCAGUAUAAAGGAGAACUGACUGUCGUGUUGAAGUAUAUACCUGCAGAGAAGAACCUCAUGCUGCCUCUGGACCAAGUGCAAGUGAAGAAAGGGUUCCUGAAAGGCAAGAAGACGAGCAGCUUCACUCUGCCUAAGGGGGGCAUGGUUGAGCUUCUAGUCAAAGGAGCCAAAAAUCUUACUGCUGUCAAGUCUGGAGGCACUUCUGACCCAUUUGUAAAAGGGUACCUGCUCCCUGACAGCAACAAGUCAACCAAGCACAAGACGGCGGUGGAGCGACGCACGGUGAACCCACAGUGGAACCACACUUUCACCUACUGCGGCCUGCAGCCAGGAGACCUCAACAACGUCUGCCUGGAGCUGACCGUGUGGGACAAAGAGGCUCUGGCCAGCAAUGUCUUCCUGGGAGGAGUCAGGCUGGGAGCUGGCACAGGCAAAAGCUAUGGGAACGAGGUAGAAUGGAUGGACUCGUAUGGGGAGGAACAGCGGCUGUGGCAGCGCAUGAUAGAAAGCCCGGAAGUCCCUCAGGAGUGCACUCUGAUGCUGCGAUCCAGCAUGGGCAAGCGUAACACAUGAGCCGGACCAAAGCACAGACAGAAAGGAUUAAAGAGGAAAAACAGACGGAGAGGAGACAGAGAAGGAAGUGGUGUGAGGAGAGAGCAGGAAAAGUGGAGGCACCCUCCUUCUCCCUACCACCCAACCCCCCACCCUGACCCCCGAGAUGCCCUGUUCAGAUCCCUUCUCCUGUCCAGAACAGCCAGCCAUGCCUUACACGCUCAUCUACAUGUGCCCCUCUGCCCUCCAAAGCAUCUAGUCUUGACCAAGUACUGCUGUCUACUGCUGUAUAUGAUAAAACAUGUUGUAUGUACUGUAUGUAUCUUACCGUACCUGCCGCAUAAGCACACAGUGUGACUCCUGGUGUGUCCGUCCUCAUCUCUGUGAUUCGCAUACCAGGGUCGUUUCUCCAUGUAGUUACAGAUGACGGAGACCUUUCUGUAAGGCAGCAGACGAGGCACUGAUCAAUAAUGUAGAGACUUAGACAUUCCCUUUAUUCCCUCAGCAUCCUGGUCUGAAGCACACAUUGACACUGAGAUUCAUUCCCUCAUAAACAGCUGUGUACAGAGGUGGAAAGUGACUACUGUUAGUGCUACUGUACCAUCCUACUUGACUUCAUUAUUACUAAAGCACACUAAUGAUCACUACUAGGUAUAAUACUCAAGUCAAAGUAAAAUAGUAGCACUUUUGAAGACCUCUCAGGACACUUACGCACUGUUUGGUCAGUGUGAAAUUUUUGUUUUAGAUUCAUGAGCGAGAAGGUUAGCAAAGCAAAAUGGAGUAUCCUCCCAUAGGCUACUCUGUUAUUCUUGCUUUUCGAUAUGUAGCGGACCAUAACAAAAUUCUACCGGGGGUGCUGCGCUUAACUUUAUUGAUUACUUUUUCAGUGUCAGUCGCUCAUAAAAUGCCAGGAAAUUUGUGAAAAAUGGCCAUCGAAUUUCCAAGAGCUGUAGGUGAAGCUGUAGCUGUAGGUCUUCAGUUUCGGAAGCUUGUGUUGUCCGACCAGGCUGCACCAAGCUUCGAGAAACUGGAACAAUCGAAUGUUGAAUAAUAAAUGACAAAUAAUCAGUUGUCAAAGUUGCUGGUAAUUAAUUUUCCGUCGAUCAGCUUUGGUUAAUUGUGAUCACUUGUUUAGUCAACAAAAUUCCAGAAUAAAGGCCAUCCAAUUGCCUUCAGAUUGCUUGUUUUGUCUGACCAAAACCUAAAGCUACUCAGUUUUACAGUGAAAUACAACAAAGAAAAGUAGGAAAUCAAUGACUCACAUUUCAGAAGCUGGAACCAUCAAAUGUUUAGCAUCCCAGUCUAUUGUUCGGUCGGUCGACCGCUUUGGUGCAGACUGAAAUACUGGAUGGAAUAAGAUGAAAUCUUGUAGAGCCUUUCCUGGUCCCCGGUGGAAGAAUCCUACUGACGUUGGUGAACCUGACUUACACUAGCACCACCAUAAGGUUGACAUUUGUGGUUUUUAGUGAAACAUCUCAACAACAUCUCAACCGAGAUGUGAAUUAUAACACCUUCGGUUGUUCACUGAUGUUUCUUCAGCGCCAUUAUCAGGCAAAAAUUUCAAUUUUUAAAUUUUAAUACUUUUGUUUGUGACCAAAAAAAAAAACCAAAACAGGAAACUACUGACAUUCUCCUCAGCCUCAGCUGUUCUUAAAACUUACAGCUCUUUAAACCCUAAAGCUAAACUUCAUCAUACUGAACAUAACACUUGCUUAGCAUCGGCAUGCUGGCAUUGUCAUUGUGAGCAAGUACAAAUCCUUGAAAAAUGUACUUGCAGAAACAAGAGUACUCCCAGUUAGUUUCUUUCCACCCCUGGUUGUCUUUAAAAAUAAAUAAAUAAAUAAAUAAUAAUAAUAAUAAUAAUAAUCUGUGGCACAAAAUCGAGGCAGAUCACACAAUUUAGACUAGCUUUAAUGUAAAUGUACACAACACUGUAUCAGUGUGAUAAUAGAAACUGCAUGGUACUUUAAUAGAGAAAACAGAGGUAGAAGAACAAAAGAAGGUUAGGUGAAGCACUGAUGGUGGCAUCACUUUACACUCAGAAGAGGAAGUGCGGUUCUGCAGUGCGUUCCCAGGAACCUUGAGGCAGGGGCUGUGUGUUAUAGAGUGAGUCAGCACCGAGGCGAGCUGCCUUCAUCUCAGGGGGAGCCUAAUAAUGAGUCAGUGACAGUCACCUUGUCCCUGUCGCCCGGAGCUCUGCGACUCACCGUCCUGUGAUGAAUCACGCAGUUCACAAAAGACAAUUCUCAAGUUAAACCCCGUGCAACCAUUUCUCAUGUGGAAUGCCAGUUCUGUGCGCUUGUCCUUGGCAAACCCCUCCGCUCUUAACUCCCUGAGUAAAACAGUGUCACACUCCACAAUCAUAGUAAUAAUACAUGGUGUUCACUGUACAACAUACUUUAGAUGAGAAGCUCGUGCAAUACCUGAUUACUGAAGAAACACUUGAUGUACAGCAUGUACUAUCUCUGUUGGUCUGGUUUCCAAGCAUCAGAUUCACUGUAUCCAAGCCUAUUUUGUCCUAAAUGUGUUACAGGAAUAUUUUGAAGUAAACACAUCGUUUCCAUAGACUGACUGUUUUUCUUUUUAUUUGUUUAUUGAGAGUAUUUCCAAUAUUA